CUGGGCCUCGCCGCGCCGCUGUGGCUCCUCCUCCCUCCUUCCGUCCUCGGCUCCUUCCGUCUGUUGUUCCUUCCUUCCUUCCUGCUUCGCCCGCACGUUUCACGGUAUGGGUUAGCGCCUCCGAUCCGCCAGCACCACCUGAGGAUCCCGGAAGCCGUCCUCGCGAUGGAAGAGGACCAGGAGUUGGAGAGAAAAAUAUCUGGAUUGAAGACCUCAAUGGCUGAAGGCGAGAGGAAGACAGCCCUGGAAAUGGUCCAGGCAGCUGGAACAGAUAGACACUGUGUGACAUUUGUAUUGCACGAGGAGGACCAUACCCUAGGAAAUUCUCUCCGUUACAUGAUCAUGAAGAACCCGGAAGUGGAAUUUUGUGGUUACACUACAACCCAUCCUUCAGAGAGCAAAAUUAAUUUACGCAUUCAGACUCGAGGUGCUCUUCCAGCUGUUGAGCCAUUUCAGAGAGGCUUGAAUGAGCUCAUGAAUGUCUGCCAACAUGUGCUGGACAAGUUUGAGGCCAGCAUAAAGGAAUAUAAGGAUCAAAAAGCAAGCAGAAAUGAAUCCACAUUCUAGUCUCUUAUGCACUAUACGGGGAGGACAUCCUCUAGGAUAUUCUCUUCGUGAUCUUGCAAAACCCAGAAGUAGAAGUUUGCAAUCACAACACGAUCUGUCCUUCAGAAAGGCGUGCUUCUAGCUAUGACCCAUUACAGCUGUUGGAAUCCCCGCAAGAACCUUUGUACUUAUCUAAUAAAUUCCCUCUUUUAUUUAAAC